UGAUGGGCGAGAUGGGCGAAGCUGCGCCCGGCGAGAAGAAGUACGGCAGCUUCAGAUCUGGAUUACGACGCGUCUCUGGCCAGAAGGGUUUUUUGUAGUUGAUGGGAUCUCUGGAGGGGAGGGGUCGUUGAUGAGGUCCCAGAUAAAAACAAUUUCUAGUCCAUAUUUCCGUAGCGAAGAUGUAGAGGAAAUGGGCGGUCCUGUCACUACAAUUACACACCAGCAGGGUGUACAGAAAAACAUUUUGAAUACGGUCGCUACCACGGAGCAACCCAGACCGACGCCGAGGUCGAGGGCGCUGGUCAUCGCUGGGGCGGGAAUGAGGAGGAAACAUAGUUACGAUACGGGCGUUGGCUUGCUCGACGAUAUCGAGGAGGUUGAAUCCGUGCUUGAGAAGGAGUCAGUGCGCACGAGAGGCUCUGUGCGGCGUGGGAAAACAUCAGUAUCUGAGAGAGCAUCAGUAUUCGAGCAAAGAUCCUUGCUCGGGAGAGCAUCAGUCCUCAAGGAAGCAUCGACGCCCACGAAAGAAUCGACCCUCGAGCAAGGAUCAGUCCUCGACCAAACCUUCCUCGCCGACGAACACAUCGACGAAAUUAGAUACGAAUACCCGUCCCCAACAGACGAUGCAGACGCCGGCGCCGACGAAGAAGUAGACGACGAUAACGAAACCCUCGUCGAAGUCGACGGCGAAUUGUACAAGGAAAAACACGUCGAUAUCGAGGUCUCGGACUCGGAACCGGAUAGCGAUGUUGAUGAUGAUCGGGUGUCGAAUGCGGGGUGUGGGGUCAGACGGAAGAGGACUAUAAGGGUUGUUAUUCGGAGUAGGGCGUUUAUCUGAGCUCAAGGGGAUGGAAGGGGAGGGAGGAGGUUGGCUGGUUGUAUGUU